AUGUCUGUGUUGACCGACUUGAAACGAAAAGCAUACGAGACAUACACAAAAAGUGUCGACCUCCUCAAACCAACGUUGACCGAAUCACAGUUUAUUGAGAAAGGAGUCUUGACGCCAGAGGAGUUUGUCCGAGCGGGAGACUUUCUUGUUGACAAGUACCGCACUUGGCAAUGGGUUGGUUCCGCUGACUGUAAGAAGACUGUGGAUUACCUGCCCGCCAACAAACAAUUUUUGAUCACUCGGGACAUCCGCUGUGCUAUUCGCGCACAGGGAGGACCUGUUGCUAAGACAGAAGUUUGUACGAUUGAUGGAGAGGAGUUUGAGGUACCUUUAGAAGAAAAACCAGAAGAGGUUUGUGAGGAGGAUUCGGAUGAGAUAGUUGAUGCUGAUGACAUCGUAGACGCAGACGAAAUCUCCGACGAGAAAGACACAACAAUUGCAACCGAAGAAAUUAAGACGACGAGGACUUACGACAUUUCAAUCAUUUACUCGCACUUUGAUAGAACCCCAAAAGUGUGGUUACUUGGAUACGACGAAGACCAUAAACCACUCAGCGAAACACAAAUGUUCGAAGAUUUAAGCGCAACACACGCAGGUCAAACAGCAACAACUGACACCCAUCCAUUUUUGGAGAUCAAGGAAAUCUAUAUCCAUCCAUGUAGACAUGCACAAGUCAUGAAGAAAAGAGUCGACGAGAUGGUGAAGGAAGGAAAGAAUCCAAGAGUCGACUUGUAUCUCAUGAUCUUUUUGAAAUUCUUAACAACAGUCAUUCCCACUAUGGAAUAUGAUUAUGGAAGAGACUUCUAA